AUGGAUCAUGACCUGUUAGGAUCACUGACCAUCGGGGCGGAAGGGGUUUGCUUGGGAUCAAAGCCACUCCUCUUCCUGCAGCUGGACACACGCGGGGAAACAGAGGCAUCCUUGGCCAUGGAGGCUCGGUGGUGCUACCGGGGGGACCCCCAAGAAGGACAGAGCGCCCCUCUCGUUCAGUUCACAAAUGGCAAACUGAAGAGUUCUGAAAAUAUGACUUUCAACCUAUACAGAAACAAAGACACCACAAAUCCGAGAAAGAAACAAAAAGUAACUUUGAAUGCAGAAACAGAGAGGCUUUCUUAUGUAGGAAAUAAUUUUGGUGCAGGAGCCCUGAAGUGCAAUACUCUAUGCAGAUACUACGUUGGUGUAUUAGACAAAGAUUCUGGACAACUGGAAGUAUACAAUGCAGAGUUAUUCAAUAUGCAGCCAUUGGUUUCAGAUAAUGUAGAAGAUGACGACCUGUCAGAGUAUUUGAAUAAAUCCUACAGAGAGAAGGUUGAUCUCUGCAUCGAAGCCUUUGGAACCUCCAAACAAAAGAGAGCUCUGAAUUCUCGGAGGAUGAAUGCAGUUGGCAAGGAGGUGCUGAAUAUGGCAGUGAUCAAAGCAGCAGAAGAUGUUAUUGAGACAAAGGGCACGGAUGCUGUGGUCAGUGAUGCAGCAGAAAGUAUGAAAUCAGAUACCUCUUUGGCCCUUCCUCCACUCCAUGAAGAUGCAGAGAAAGUGGAAGAUGUCUACAAGUUUGAGGACAUUAUUUCACCUGCUGAAUAUGAGGCACUCCGGGCUCCAGCUGCUGCACUCAUGAACAUCGCCACGAAAGAUAUCGUUAAAAUGACAGAAGAGAAAAGCUACUGCUUCUUUGUUCUGAAUGAACUUAAAUCUAUGCCUGUGGAUGAGAAGAAGCGUGACCGUAAAGCCCGAUGUCUCUGGUUCCUAGAUGCUCUUGUCAAGCUGAUCUCACAACGAAUGGUGAAGAAGAAAUUUGGUUUUAGCCCCAACUGUCCAGGCAUCAUCAGCAACAAGAUUGUGAAAACCUUCACAGCUCUGACCUAUAGCAAUGGCAGGAUACAGAAUCAAAUUUCUGCUUCCAUGAAAGUUAAAAUAGCAGCAUAUGCCAUUGCCCUUGCUUUACAUAUUAACAACUUUGAAACAGACCUGACAAUCUUACAACGGGAUCUGAAAUUGCGGGAUAAGAGGAUUGUUGAUAUUGCCAAAGCGAUGAGGCUGAAGUUGACCAAAAGUAAAACCCUCUCUGGAUUGGAUGAGCACAGACUUGGGACUCUCUCUUUGCCCUUACCUGUGUACAAAGAGAUGGCAGGCCGCCAGAAACGCAAGAUGUACUAGGCGGCUUCCCGAAGACUUCUCUGCUAUGUUGCACCGUAUUUUUUGAAGGAAAGCAUUGGUGAUUCUUGCCAUCACCUCAAGUUUUUCUUUUUCCCAACUGAUGUUGACCUUUUAAUUUUUUUCUGUUGUCAAGAGUUUUGUGGCCUAAUUUCUUGGGUUGGCCUGGACCCCAAUGGACACAAUGGAACAACAAUGGACAUUUUCCUUGCUCCCAGAGAGUGAGAAACUUUGCUUCCCUCCAGUGGUUGGGACUAACCAUCAAGAGAUGUUAAGGAUAUCUGCAAAGAGCUGAUCAAAGGAUUAAAACAACUACAAAUUUUA